CAGCUAUUGGUCGAAGGAAGAGUUCCCGGAAGCAGAGCUGUUGUGGUUGUUGUGUUGCGAUAAUUUCAGAGAUAUUUUACAGAAAUGGCCGAUGAAGUUCUGUUUGAAUUUCUCCACAUGGAGAUCGUUUCACACGUUUACAAGGAGCAGCAAGCCAAUAAAGGGGAGAUGGACAGCAAGGAAAGAGGUCAGUGUAUAUCUAUUCUGGAGAACAUGGGCUUCAGAGUUGGACAAGGAAUUAUUGAACGGCUGACCCGAGACUCUCCUAGCUUUAAAGACGAGCUUGAUAUCAUGAAGUUUAUCUGUAAAGACUUCUGGACAAAGGUGUUCAGGAGGCAGGUUGACAACCUCAGAACAAACCACCAGGGCACUUAUGUACUUCAGGACAACAAAUUUUCUUUAUUGACUCAGUUAUCCAGUGGGAAGCAGUAUCUCGACCAGGCACCAAAGUACCUAGCUUUUUCAUGUGGAAUAGUGAGAGGAGCUCUGUCUAACCUUGGAUUGGAAAGUGUUGUAACAGCUGAAGUGUCUAUAAUGCCAUCAUGUAAAUUCCAGGUUGUGAUCCAGAAGUUAUGAUUUUUUUUUUUUUUUAUUUUCUGUUGUGUUUUUUUUUUUAAAUCAUACUGUAUAACAGAAUGCAUUUUGUUGUGCAUUUGGUUUGUUUCAAGAACAGAAGAAAAAUGUAUUUAUCAAAUCCAUAUAACUACAUACACUAUAAUAUAUAGUGAAAAACAUGGUGCAUUCCCUGACGUUUACAUGUUCACUUUUUAAGAUUGUUAUUUGACACCAGUUCAAAGAAAUGAGAACUAAUCCAAAUUAUGUAGUGGUUACAUGUUCUCAAAACACCCUACACCUAUCCCUAGUUUGUGUUAAGAAGUAGAAUUAUUAUGUAUAUUUCAUAAUGCUUUUAAAAUCCCAAUCAGAUUACAUGUGGCCAGUCAUGAAGAUUAAUGUGUGAAAUAUUUAUUAAAGUCAAUUAAAAGAGCACAAAUGCAAUGGUUGUUGUAUUUGGUGCAUUGUUCACAUUAUGUAGAUACUUUAUAGCACCACUAGAGGGACACAUGUUACAGUCUGAUGCAUUUCCUGCUCUGCCUUGGUGCAUCUAAUAUUUGUUCUGGAGUUAAAAAUGUCUACGAAAGGGAAUACAGUUGAGGUUUAAAAUGCUUGUAAACCCCCCAUUUUAUUUGUUAUUUAAGGUGCUAUCCAGUUUUGUUAAUGCUUUUCAAUUUCCUCAAAUAAUGAAAGUACUCAAAAUUAAAUCUUUAAA